AUGGAGAAGCAUGGAGUCAGGUUAAGCACCCUCAGGGACUGCUUUGAGUUCCUGCAGUGGUUGCAUAGCGGGGGAGGAAAAAAGAUGCAAGACAAGGUGGCCAGAGAACUGGUGACGCGUUAUGGAAAUUCUUAUAAUCGUAUUUUGUUUACGGGCAAGCUGCCACCUGCUGUCUCCGAAUUCCUCGAACACGUGUCCACGUUCUAUAAGAAAUUAGUAGCUACACCAAUUGAGAAAAGUUAUGUCAAUCCGAGAGCAAACGAUGUCACCGAUGCGCUUCUGGAGUGCGUUCCCAAAUUCCUAGCCGCUUUGUAUUUUUUGCUCUACAAUGUGGAUUAUAAGUUCGAAGAAGUGGGAGGAGGGAAGUGGAGGUAUGAUAACCCUGGGUGGGAGACUACUUGGGUGAGAUAUCCGUGGCAGAAAGAGUAUGGAGGUGGGCUGCAGGAUUAUCUCAGGGCGUCCGGAUCUUAUCAGCUCGACGUUAUUCCAGGUGGAUUCGGCCCCGGAGAGGUGACGUAUGGUUAUGACUAUGGUUCUCGCUAUGGCUAUCCAUACGGUGAGGAUAUGACUAAGGACAUCGAAAAAAUGCUGGGCAAAAAUACCGACCACAAUUAUUUCCGGGACGUAUUUUUUACAACAGUCAUUUCUAAAUCCGGCUUACAGAAAUCGAACACUGCGAACGUUCUUGCUUUGGUGAAAACGUUUUGCGAAAUCGUAAUUUCGGUAAAGAGCCGCGAUGGUGUGCUAAAAACUGCAGUGCAGAAAAAAAAUACAUGUCUAGAUUGGGAAGAAUUAAAACAGCAUUGCAAAACUCUUGAGCAGCAACUUGGCAAGUUGUUCAAGAUCGAAGGCUUUUCCUUCACCGGCCAGGCGCGGCGUGUUGAUGAGCUUAACACAGAGACAUUUGCGGGGGAGACAGCGGAAUGGUUUAGAAAUAAUUUGCGCAUAGUUCAACAUAAUGUGAAACAAAUAAAUAAAAGUUUCCCAGUUGACGACACUCUAUAUUUGACUGCUCUUCGGCCUUUUGCAACCAAGAACAUAUUCCCCUACGGUUUUAUAUUUGGUAAAGGACAAUAUGGAACGAUGGGUGAGGCGUGGAAGACGUUGUCAGAUCAUUGGGACAGUGUCAUAGACAUGCUUGGCAGAGAAGAUGACGGUUUGGAUAAGUUAAAAAGAAUUCUGGAUGGUGAGCCGUGCCGUCCGCCGGAUCCGCCCCCAAAUCCCCGGCCACAGCCGGAGCCUGCGCCCAGGCCCCCGAGGCCUGCAAGACCUGUGCCUACACAAGGGGCUUCCAGAACUUCGGCUGGAAUGACAACCGGUGCAAGGCAUCUUGGGGGUUCGUUGUCUCGUGGGAGUCAGGCUUCUGGUGCCAGAGGAGUGGGAGGGAAUAACCGUAGAGGAGGGGGGCAAAACAGGGGAAGGGGAUCGGGGGCUCAGAGAGACAGAGGACGAGGCCCAGGGCCUCGAGGUGCUCCAGGUGCUAAGGGCGCACAGGGGAGCACAAGUACAGGGACUUCGGUGCUUAUUCAGUCUCAACCCUUACAACCUCAAAAUGAUCUCCAGUCUCAUCCUCAACAAGCACUUCCACCUACUGCCGCCAGUGAUCCUGGAGGCCCGGGCCCCGCUGGUAAGAUGACAGCUCACGGAGUCAAGUUAGACACCCUAAAGGACUGCCUCCGGUUCCUGGCGUGGUUGCAUGGUGACAGAGGGAUGCAGGGCCAGGUGAUUGAUGAACUGGCUGCCCGUAUCGAGAAAUAUUAUAACAAUUCCACUUUCAAGUUGCAGUUUAAAUUUUCCUUAGAAUCUUUCCUCCGCAACGUAUCAGAGCAUUAUGGCCAAAUAAGCAAGGAUAAAAACCCAGGGAAUUUCUCAAGUUACGAUAAAAAUAUAAUUACCGAAGCAUUUUCCGAGUGCCUCCCCAAGGUACACGCUGCGUUUUCCCUGUUACUGUUUCACGUUGAUUAUACAUAUACUCCUGUGGGCGGCGGGAAGUGGGCUUUGCUGGACACCACAACUGGUGGAUCACUGGGUAAUGCGAUUCAAACGUUCUUCACUGGCUUCAACGGUGUUAUUGACGGUGGAUUCAAACCUGAUGAGUUGCAAAAUGUGACGGGUCAAAAAUUGGCCGAAAAUUUAAACGCUGCGCUUAAAAGAAAUACGCUAACCCCGGACCUUUUUACGAGCGUUCUUUUCGACAAUUUAGUUGACAGCAGUUGGAGUAAUUUAGACACUGGAAACGUUUUGCUAUUACUGUGGGCAUUUUGUGAAUAUGUGGAGACCCACAAAGGUGACAGUAGUCUUAGAACAAAAUUGCAAGAGGAACUUAGAAGGAGAACGAUGUGUUUCGAUUGGAACAGAUUAGUGGAACAUUGCACCAAACUUAGAAUGAAAUUAUCAAAAUUAUUUGGAGAUAGUUCAAACGCAGAAUCUGGUGUUAAACCCUUCACCACCACUGGUAGGGCAUUUGAUCCAACUGCACUUAAGCCCGACGCAUUUGCCGAGACAUUCGAGAGGUGGUUUAAAACUCACUGGCAGCAGAUGACAGGAGCGUUGGAAACAAUUAAGGGGAGCGUAGAGGAUUUUGCUGAAAGCCCCGAAAGCUUCACCCCAGAAAACAUCUAUCCCUACGGCAUCGUGUUGAAUAAGGAUCACAAGAACAAGUGGGCAGGGGGAUUGACAAAUCUGUUCGGUGUUUUGGAAACGCUAGGUAACUCUGAUGACGGUGACUUGAAAACGCUUAAGGACAUUUUGAAUGGUUAUACGUGUCCAGCCCAACCACCACCCAAAAAGCCUGAGGUGCCGCCUGCCAAGGUCCCCGAAGCCCCCAAGGAGGUGGUGCCAGAAAAGAAAGUUCCCGUUCCAAAAAGACCCGAGGGAGCACAGAACCAGGGCAAGAAAGCGGAGAGUUCUCCAACUCCCAAUAAUGGCCAAAGUGAGGGAAGUUCUCCAACUUCACCAGGUGGAGAUGCUGUCUCACAUCCGCCUUCCGGUGAUCAAGGAGCUUCAGGCCCGCGAGGGCCUACGAUGUUUCCUCAGGUUCCAGGUUCACCAGUUCAAAAUACUGAUCAGACUCAACAGGCUCCACCUCAACCCCCGCCAGCUCCUCCCCCUCUUCCUGGAGCCGCUGGCUCCGAUGGCCAGCCAGGUGUAGGUCAGGGUUCAACGAGCGAUGUUACUUCAAGUAUACGGCCUGGUGUAUCUCAAGUCACUGCACAUACUCCGACUCCGGGUGUUCCAGGUCAAGGCUCUGGGCCAACUGGUGGUAAGGGGACUAGUCAUCCAGGUGGUGGAGGGGCUGGGCAAGACGCCGGCCUAGGCGGUGGUCAACAAAGUAAUCGAGACUCCACUCAACCAACAAAUAAAGGUACCGACCAUAAUCCAAGCAACGUCGCUACUCCGUCGAGUGCCCCGGUGCCUGGACAAGAGGAACAGGAACAAGAAAAAAUGAGACAAUGGUCAAAAAACGCCAUUCAAGGCACUCCGAUUGAUGAAAAUCAACAGUCGACCCAGUAUCCCUUGGUUAAUAUUGAUCCGCAUUCUUCACCUGUGGGUGGCGUCGCGCUGAUGCAAGACUCUCCACGGCAGCGAAGUAAAAUAAUAAGUUUGAUGCAACAUGGCAUCGAUCAUGCCAUUCAUCACGCAAAAGCAGAGCAGCGGUUAAAACAGGAAGAGGAUGAACUCAAAAAAGAAAUACAACAGAAAGAGAAGGAUGCAGAAGCCAAGUGGCAAGAAGAACAAAAAGAAGCAUUCCUUAUCGGUGUUCAAGAUGAUGUUUCGUUGACGGGCACACCUUUUGAAGAUGAGUUGCUAAAUCGGUUGCAAGACCAACGGGAACUUUGGUUUCAGCAAAAGGAUCAAAAGGACCUUAGUGAACAGAUGUCCAAGGAUAUUUCACUGGCAGCGCUGAUGGAUAGAGAAAAAAAGUUAAUUGAGAAAUUCCAGAAUGACGCAGAAAAAAAACAUUAUGACACCUUAAACCAAAGAAAUCAAGAUGCAUUGUUUGAUGAUCUCAAAAUGACCGUACCCACAUACACUCCCCAAGCUGCCAGACAUGGAUGUUAUAAUGGGCGGCAGAUUAAAAACGGAUAA